UGGUUUUUAGUAGUAAUAAUUGAAGCUGUGUGUUGAUCGUUCCUCUUUAGGUCCAAAGAUAAUAACAUCAGCCCAGGUCUUUAGUUCAGCAUUAAACCUCCUCAGUAUUUAAGCUUGUCAUUCAAAAACCUUCCCCUACCAAACUUGUAUGUAACCAUGGCAACAAGGUAUUGUUUUUGCAAACGGAAACAGCAAGGGUCCAAAUAAUCCCUGAACUCUGAGCUCAAGUCCCAGAGGGGAUGAAAGGGCGACUUCAUGGUUGCAGCUCCUUCCUAGCAGGCCAGGAUUACUUCAGCUGGUCCAAACGCUGCAGCAGAGUUCAGAUGAAAACUAAAAAACAGAAAUCAUAUUUCUCCUGUUUUAGCUUCCCUUCAUCGGCUCCCUGUUAAUUAAGAUUAUAAUCUCAGAUUCUGCUUGUCACAUAUAGAGGCCAUAAUAAUCAGCUCCAUCAGAGAUCUGACUGGUCCAGAUGUACCUACCAGAACCCUGGUGGUACCAGACUGCAGGUUCUACUGGUUCUGGAGGUUCCAGCAGGAGAAUGGGAGUCAGAUCCUUCAGUUUACUGAAUAGAUCAAAACUUUGCUCUGUGUGAAGCUGACGGUUAAAAGAGAUGUUUGUCCAGUCGAGCGGCUCCACAGCCCCAUACACACAGAUGAUGAAAUCAGAAUUAAUGAACUGAUUUAAAACGAACAGAAAUUUGAAUAAGCAGAGCCAUAGCACACACUCCUGGAACUGAACAACAACAAACCGUUCAAAUUACAAGCUCAAGUCAACCAAACUUUUACGCUGAAAUCCAACCGGAAAAGACCUGCUUUGUUUCCGGCGCCGGAUCAGUGUGCAGCUAGCAGCAGAGCUAACCUGAUCGCGGACCGAUCAGAACCGUCCGGUGUCAGAAUGUCCCGCUUCGGGCGCUACGGAGGAGAGUCCAAGGUUUACGUGGGGAACCUGGGAACCGGCGCUGGGAAGGCUGAGCUGGAGCGGGCCUUCGGGUACUACGGGCCUCUCAGAACCGUCUGGAUCGCCAGGAACCCGCCGGGCUUCGCCUUCGUGGAAUUCGAGGACUCCAGGGACGCCGAGGACGCUGUCCGAGGGCUGGACGGGAAGGUGAUCUGCGGCAGCCGGGUCCGGGUGGAGCCGUCCAACGGGAUGCCGCGGCGUUCCCGCUACGAGAGGCCGCCGCCACGGCGACCAUUUGACCCCGACGACAAGUGCUAUGAGUGCGGACAGAAAGGCCACUACGCCUACGACUGCCACCGCUACGGCCGCCGCGGCCACCGCAGCAGGUCCGGAUCCAUGGGCCGGUCUCAUUCCGGAUCUCGAGCCAGAAGUCGCUCGGCCUCCAGGACUCCUGCUGACAACUGACUUCCUGUUUGCUCUCUGAUGUUUUGUACGAACUCACUCUGUUGUGUAGCAGCUCUGUGAUUAUUGAUUAUUAAUUAGUGACUGUUGGUUUCUGAUCAGCCUGCUUUGGUUCCUCAGCCGUUUACUUCCUGCAAUGAUCUGUUAAUAAAGGUUUAUCAUUCAAA